UAGAAAAUGUGGGUUUAGAACGUGUGUGUUAUAACAUUGUUUGUCCGAAAUAAAGAAAAUUUAUUUAUUUAUUUAAAAUGAAUGAUUAAUUUAAUGCAAAUUUUCCUUAAUAACAAACAGCAUAUAAUCCAAAGCGACUUUCCUUAUAUGAUACCAUUGUGGUUGCAUGUGUGACGCAAAUUAAUAUUAAUAAUCAGCCUUCAGUCAGAAUGUCGGAAAUACAUAAUGAUAAUCCAGUUCUCAGUGAUAGUCGUGUUACCCCGGCAAAAGUGAGUUUAUUAAAUUUCCAGACAUAUUUUUUUCAGAAUAAUUGAUGUCGUCGUGUUAAUAAUGCUGCUGAAAGAAGCCAUCGUUCUGUGCGUGUGUGUAGUUGGAACACUAUCGAGUGAUUUUCAUAAAACACCGAAAAUCGACCUAAAAACAACCACGGAACCGAUUCUGACAACAAGUUAUAAGUUGCCAGUACAUAUGACGGACACCAGGACUACAAAAACUAAGAUAAACUCAACUAUGACUACAACAGACUUAACUACAAAAAAUGAUGUAACUAUAGAAAUGCCGAUAUUGCCUACAGCACGCACCACUGAGAGUAAAAGUCGGUUUCCUACUACAGAUUCUAGUACCACUGAAGAAAAAUCGUUUUUCUCUACAAAGUCUAGCGUUACUGAGACUACAAGUUCUAGCAUCUUAUACAAAACUACUGAAGAAUCAACUACGGAAAUUACGGAUACCUCUACUGUGACUUUAAAUCCCAGCUUAAUGACGACAACAGAAGAGUUAGCCAUGACUACUAAUGCUACAAAUGAUACUACGGUUGCACCAACUCUGACUACUCCCAGUACCACGGUGAUAGGUUCCACUUCUAGUGAGAAUACGGAAGUAUUUAUCUCAACUAUAGAACACACUGCAAACACAGGAAGAGGAUCAACUCUGGCUACAGGAUACAUUACGAGAAAGAUUAUAGAAGCAUCAACAACUACGAAUAGCAUAAUUGGCACUAAGACAGGGUCAAUAUUGAUUACAGAUCCCAGAACAACAGAGACCAUUGGAUUAUCAACUCCAGAUUUCACCACUACAGAGAGUAGAUAUUUAACUGUAACUACAAGCGAUAGUCCCAGUUUGACAAAAAAUAAUAAAUCAACUACUACUACAGCUCUUAGCACGAUUGAAAGUAAAAGUGGGUACUCAACUACUGAUUAUAACACAAGGACUUUGAGUGUGUCAACUGCGAUUAUAGAUUCAGAUAAAACUAAGACUAGUAUAGGGUCCAUUUUUACUACAGAUUUCAGCACGACAGAGACGUCACAUACAUCAACUAUGACUAUUGAUAACGUCACGGGUGCAUCAACUCUAUCUACUCAUUUCAGCAUGACUCAGGGAGCUGAAGUGUCAAUUUCAACUACAGAUUCUAGCACCACGAUGGCUACAGUUGUGUUCACCAAUACAAAUCCCAGCGCGAGUGUUACAGAAUUUUCUACUCUAACUACAAAUUCUAGUACCAAAGAGCCAACUUUGACUUUGAAUUUUAACCCAACGAAGAAUACUGGAAAGCUGAAUCUGACACAGAUCGCUGGGACUUCGGAGACUUUAACUAGUACUUCGAUGACUGCUAGAGUGCCAAUUGCUACUACUUACAUUACUAAGACUACUUCAACUACAACUUAUAACGCAGCAGAAACUACAAGCUCGUCUACUCUGACUUUUAAUUUCAGCACAAUUGAGACUUUAAAAGCUUCUAUACCGAUAGAUUUUAGUACCUUGAGGACAAAACUGUCAAAAGUGAUAGAAAUGUUAACUCUGACUACGAAUUUAAAUGCCACAAAUACUACAGCGUCGACUUUUACUACAAAUUCAACUAUGUCUACAAAACCGCCAGCUCUCUCGACUUUUUCCAUUAUAUUUAUAGCCAUAAUAUCAAGUUUAAUGGUAUUGCUGUUAGUAUCUGUAUUUAUAUAUAGAAUCCGACGGCGUGUCGGAUCCAAACUGACUAAUUCAGAACAGGAAUAUGAACUAGACUCUAACAAUCUAUACUUCAGUCGUGAUGUAAGUGUACCUGACGUUUAUGAUAAUCGUUUUGGAACUGUCACGCCCAUCAGCAGAAUAAAGAGGGCACCAAAGCCACAGGAUCUUGACUCGUUAGAGCGCUUUGAAUGAUGAUUUUAAUUUUACUGAUCAACUUUAAACGUCCGAAAAAACUUCUCGCCGCGACUCUUCAACUUGUACAUCAAUGCGCUCAUAGAGGAUCUCAGCAGUACUAGAGUUGGAUGUGCAACUGCCGGGGAGAUGGUAAACAAUAUUAGCUACGCGGAUGACAUCGAGCUGCUGGGGCCCUCUGUUUGUGCAGUCAGAAAACUUUUGAGUAAGUGCCGUGACUCAGGGACUUAGGUACAAUGUGGCUAAAAGUGAGGUUCUUGUUUUCCAGCAUAGCAUAAGGUGGAUAGAGUACCGGAAAUCUCACUGUACGGAAUACCUCUGAAUAGGACCAAUAAAUUCAAGUACCUGGGUCACUGGGUCACGGAGUGCCUCUCGGACAAUCCAGACAUUGAGAGGGAGCGUAGGGCGUUGGCUGUCCGGGGCAACAUGGUGGCUUGCAGGUUUGCACGAUGUACAAGGGAAGUUAAGAUAACUCUGUUUAAGGCAUAUUGCCAAUCCUUUUACACGUGCAGCCUGUGGGUCAACUAUACUUAGAGGACAAUCAGCGCCUUACGCGUUCAGUACAAUAACAUAUUUAGGAUGCUGUUGGGUCUCCCUAAAUUCUGUAGCGCGUCGGGUAUGUUUGAGGAUACGCGAGUAGAUGGUUUCCAUGCCAUAAUGCUUCCCUUAUGCGCCGAGUACGUGAGAGCUCCAACAGCAUCCUAAAUCUGGUGGCUAAUAGGCUGGAUGGUCCUAUAGCAAGGCACUGGGAUAGCCUCCAUGUCCCACAUUAUCCUUAUAGCUUAGAAUAAUAUUAAGUCUUGACAUUUUAAAAAAAAUUGACUGCGCAUAUCUUUAGAGCAUUGAACUUUAAAUUUAAUUCUAUUUUAUGGUUUUUAAUUUUUUAUUAUUGUAAUAAUCAGUUAAUUUUAUUUUAACAUAAGCUAUCAAUGAAUUGUUAAGUUAUUUUUAUUUUAUCAAUCAUCAAAUGCUCAGUUAAUUUAAUUUUAA